AUGGCAAAAUAUUAUUCGAAUGUAAUUAUUAUUUGUUUUAUACUAUUUUUAAUUGUCAACUUAUUUACUUAUUGGUACUAUAUUUUAUCAUUUUCUAAACGACUACGAUUAUCGAAAAUAUUAAUUUAUUCUGGUAUUAUGAUCAAUUCAUUUAAUCCAUCUCGUGUUUAUCUUACUUUUAAUACCCAUAUUAUGGAUUCAAAUAUUUUAUCUAUUAUUGAUAAUAAUGCUAUUCUUGUACAAUUAUCUAAACCAUUACAAACAUCAACUAUUACAAUGAUAUUAUCAGAUGGAUUUCAUCAUUUAGAUGUUGUACUUCUUGAUGAAAUACAAAAUAUUGAAUAUUAUCAAUCAGUUGACAUUGCAUCGGGUACUCAAUCUUUAAAAGUUACUGUUUUAGAUCAACAACAUAAACCUGUUGAAAAUAUAUCAGUUCAUUUAGAAUUAGUCGAUUAUUCACAUAUCACUCUUGAAUAUUAUACGAAUUAUUUUGGUGAAGUUAUUUUUCAUUAUUUACCAAAACAUACUCAAAUACAUAUAGAAGCGAUUUGUAUGAACUCGAAACGUCAUGCAUUUGCUGAAAUAGUUAUUCAUCACUAUCAAAAUAUCACUCUAAUAUUACAAGAUAUGAGUGUAUUGCAUUAUGAUGAAUAUAGUCCAAUGGAUAAAGGAUAUUAUGCUGUUUAA